CAUAGCCUUCGGUCCUUUCGUUCUUCACCACCUGUGAAGGCCGGCCACAACUGUUCCAAUCAUGGCUUCUCGACUAUUUGCGACGGUGGCGGAGAAAAUCAGUCCCGCAGCCGUGAGGCGGCAAGCCCUGUCGUUGACCGACGCAGCCGCUUCCAGAAUCCGUCACCUUCUUCAACAGCGCCAAAGACCGUUCCUUCGAUUGGGUGUUAAGAAUCGCGGCUGCAACGGCUUAUCCUACACCCUCAAUUACGCCGAGGAAAAAGGAAAGUUUGAUGAGUUGGUUGAAGACAAGGGCGUUAGAAUAUUAAUUGAUCCAAAAGCUUUGAUGCAUGUGAUUGGUACCAAGAUGGACUUUGUAGAUGAUAAACUCAGGUCUGAGUUCAUAUUUAUCAACCCAAACUCUGAAGGGCAGUGUGGAUGUGGUGAAUCUUUCAUGACAACAGCUGGUACUAGUGGCGGAGCUGCUAAACAGGGUAGUGGUUGAAAAUUACUAGAAGACUUGUAAUAAGAUAAGAUUUGGACUAACCUACUGGAAUUCCAGGGAGCUAUAAUCAUUGCCUAAAUUUGGCAUUCAAAAGAAAUUAAUGGGAAAAGAAGUUGAGUAUACAGGUGAAAAGAAGUUAAGCAUACAGGUGAGGUUUUAUAGCAGUAGCUGCCAACUGAUCAUAUGAGUGUAGGUUCAAAUAUUGCUGUAACACUGAUGCUACUUUGGCAUCUGAAAAUCAUUCCAUUUGUUGAUGCGUUUGUUAAGUUACAUAAGUUGUAAUAAAAGUUGAAGUACUUCAUCAUUGAAGCUAGCUUGUGAUUGUUGUUUCCAUCAAUCCUUUUAUCCUUUUAAAGGGAUAGCACUUGAAAUGCUUGAUGAAUUCCUAUUAGUUUUAUCA